UGCGCACACACGGUCACACACCUGCAGGUGAACGUUUGAGUCAGGUGUCUUUACCAUCGUGUCAGAGAGGGACGCAGUGUGGUGCUCCACUUGCCCUGCUCAAACACCAUCAAAAUGGGGGCAGAUUAUUUGGGAUUUUCUUAUCUCCGCAAUGAGAACAGAAGAAAUGUCACCAUAUAUAUUAACAAUCCAGCGGACAUCUCGGUGAUUGUUAUAUAUUUUCUGGUGGUUCUGGCUGUGGGAGUAUGGGCAAUGGUACGGACCAAUCGAUCCACAGUAGGAGGCUUUUUCCUGGCUGGCAGAAGUAUGGUGUGGUGGCCGAUUGGAGCCUCUCUCUUUGCAAGUAACAUUGGAAGCGGGCAUUUUGUGGGAAUAGCAGGAACUGGAGCGGCUGCUGGUAUCGCCAUUGGAGGCUUUGAGUGGAAUGCUCUUGUUGUUGUGAUUAUUCUGGGAUGGCUCUUCGUGCCAAUCUACAUAAAAGCUGGGGUCGUGACCAUGCCGGAGUACCUGAAGAAACGCUUUGGUGGGCAGCGUAUCCGUAUCUAUCUCUCUGUGCUGUCCCUGAUUCUCUAUGUUUUCACCAAAAUCUCCGCGGACAUGUUUGCAGGAGCCAUUUUUAUCAACCAGGCUCUGGGACUGAACAUUUACCUGGCCGUGAUUAUUCUGCUGCUGAUUACAGCUCUUUAUACAGUAACAGGUGGUCUAGCUGCAGUCAUCUACACAGACACCCUACAGACCAUUAUCAUGGUUGUGGGAUCAUUCAUUCUCAUGGGCUUUGCGUUCAAUGAGGUCGGAGGCUAUGAGAACUUCAAGGACCGUUAUAUGAAUGCGAUCCCGUCAGUGGUGGGUGCAAACAUCAGUGAAUCGUGCUACACUCCUCGUGCGGACUCGUUCCACAUUUUCAGAGACCCCCUUUCUGGUGAUCUGCCCUGGCCCGGACUGAUCUUUGGUCUUACUAUCCAGGCUGCCUGGUACUGGUGCACUGACCAGGUGAUAGUGCAGCGCUGUCUGUCUGCCAAGAGCCUGUCCCAUGUGAAAGCUGGCUGCAUCCUGUGCGGAUAUCUCAAACUUCUGCCCAUGUUCCUCAUGGUUUUCCCUGGCAUGAUUAGCAGAGUGCUGUACACAGAUGAGAUUGCAUGUGUGGAUCCAAAAGAGUGUGACUUUUAUUGUGGAGCCAGUGUGGGCUGCAGUAAUAUUGCUUAUCCUAAACUAGUGGUGGACCUGAUGCCAAACGGUCUCAGAGGCUUGAUGUUGUCUGUCAUGCUGGCCUCUCUGAUGAGUUCACUCACUUCCAUCUUUAACAGCGCUAGCACACUCUUCACCAUGGACAUCUACACCAAGAUCCGUCCCAAAGCCAAAGAGAAGGAGCUCAUGUUUGCUGGGAGGUUGUUCAUGCUGUUUCUGAUCGGCGUGAGUAUUGCGUGGAUCCCCAUAGUUCAGUCAGCUCAGAGCGGCCAGCUUUUCGACUACAUUCAGUCCAUCACCAGUUUUCUGGCUCCACCCAUCGCCGCUGUCUUCUCCCUCGCCAUUUUCUGCAAGAGAGUAAAUGAACCAGGUGCUUUCUACGGGUUGUGUAUUGGUCUGUUGGUGGGUCUGGCGCGUAUGAUAACCGAAUUUGCCUAUGGCACGGGCAGCUGCGUGAGCCCCAGUAACUGUCCCACGAUCAUCUGUGGUGUGCACUACCUCUAUUUUGGAAUGAUCCUCUUCAGCCUGUCCUGUAUAUUGAUACUGGGCAUCUCCCUCGUGACCAAACCCAUUGACGACAAACAUCUGUACAGGCUCUGCUGGAGCUUGAGGAACAACACUGAGGAGAGGAUAGAUCUGGAGGCAGAUGACUGGACUGAUGAACAGGAUUCCAACUCUAUGGAAACAGAAGAGGUGCGUGAGGAGCCCGGCUGUUGUAAGAAGGCCUACAACUGGUUCUGUGGCUUUGACCAAGGCAAUGCCCCUAAACUGACUAAAGAACAGGAGGCGGAGAUGAAGUUGAAGCUCACCGACACCACUGAAAAACCUCUAUGGAGAAACGUGGUCAACGCUAACGCUGUUAUCCUCCUCACCGUCUGCGUCUUUUUCCAUGGUUUCUUUGGUUAAAGAUCACAUCAGUAUCAUCUAACUCUGUUAAGGAUAUUAGACCUGUGUUCUGUGGACAGAAAUGUUACCUUAUCAGUAACAUCAAGCUAAAUGUGAUUAAUCAGACUGUAAGAGGUUACAAAGUUCCUCUUGAAACACACAAUACUUCCUUAUAAUAUCCUCAACAAAAACCCUUUUCAUCCUUAUUGUACUUUGAUUUGAUGGCAGGAAGUACAAUACAAUAAAAAAAAUUCUGUAAUUUUUAAUUAAUAUAAUAUUGUGUUUAGCACCCAAACUGACUUUCAUUAAACCCACGACCAAAACUAAUCAUUCAUAUAAUCAUGUCCUUGUUUUUUUGUCAAAUCAUUCUUAGCUACUACAGUAUCUGAUUUAACACAUGUCUAGCAGCCUUUACUGUACAUUUAACAAUGUUUACUUGUUCAAAACCGCAUGUUCUUCCUUUAUAUCUUUGACAUAUUACAGAGUAACAGUUUCAACGAAUAAUACGAAGUUCUAGUCCACUCUGUUGUAUGUUUCCUGUAAAGUCUUCUGAUACAUUAUGAUCAAAUCAAUGCAAAGUCUUUUUCAGUGCCAUUUUUAAGCUGUCUCUUAUCUACCAAACUCCAAAAAUAAGUUUUAUAAAUGGUCUUACUAUGUAUUUGAUUUUCUUGUAAGUUAAAAUAUAUAUAUUUUUGUCUGGGAGAAGGUAAGAUAUUUUAUUUAAUAUUGAUAUUGUUGCCGUGGUGUAUACUCUGUAAUAUAUUAAUUUAAUGUUUUCUGUCUUCAUUGUAAUAAAAAUUAAUGAAUUUU